AUUUUAGUCACCGCUCUCCUUUUGCGUAAAUUGUACGCGACGCCGAUAGUUAGCUGUCAUCGGCGCAUCGAGGAUGGCGAGCUCAUUUAGUUAUCUGAAAGUUCAGUUUAAAUCUUGAAGUUGUCUUCCCACACAUUGUAAUUUUUAAAUGAGGUAUUCCAAGGACGUGGUUUCCACAUUGGAUGAACAAAGGGAUCAAUGUCUUUUCUUCGUUGGGUGACUGAGAAAUUGAGUGUCGAGAGCCUGCGGGAUUUGGAGUUGUUCGGAGAGCAAACUCAGGGACUCUCUCUCAGGGAAACCCAUGAAGACAGCAGGGAAAGUGUGACGUCCCUUCCACGUCGAGACACCAUGGGCAGCUUCCUCCCCGACAGCAGUGCCUAUCAGCUGCUCGCCGUUAUUGGUCAGGGGCUGGAUCACCUGAUGACUGUCAACCGGGCCAGGUACAGACCCACCGGGGAGCAUGUGGCCAUCCGACGCAUCGACCUCGAGUCGUGUACUAACGACAUGGUCGCUUAUCUGCAGGCAGAGUUGCACGUGUCCAAGUUGUUUCACCACCACAGUAUUUUGCCCUACAAAAGUGUUUUCAUUGCUGAGAAUGAGCUGUGGGUCAUCACCCCCUUCAUGGCAUACGGAUCUGCUCGAGAGCUCGUCAGCACAUAUUUCCCUGACGGCAUGAGUGAGCUCACCAUCGCAUACAUUCUACUGGGUGUCCUUAAAGCUCUGGAGUACAUUCACCAAAUGGGAUAUGUGCACAGGAGUGUGAAAGCAAGUCACGUGCUGAUUGCCGCUGAUGGCCAGGUGCGCAUGUCGGGACUUCGCAGUAUCUUCAGCCUGAUCCGACAUGGUCAGCGGGCCAAGGUGGUGCAUGACUUCCCGCAGAACAGCGUCAAGGUGCUGCCGUGGCUCAGCCCUGAAGUGCUGCAGCAGAACCUACAGGGCUAUGACUUCCGCUCAGACAUCUACAGCCUGGGCAUCACAGCGUGCGAGCUGGCUAACGGACACGUCCCCUUCAAGGACAUGCCGGCUACGCAGAUGUUGCUGGAAAAGCUAAAUGGGACUGUACCGUGCCUGCUGGACACGACCACCAUCCCGCCAGAGGAGCUCUCCAUGAAGCCAUCACGCUCUGGUGCAGAUUCUGGUAUCUGCGAGGGCCUGGGAGGAGGCGGUAGCGUUGGCGGGAUCCGCCACUCCAACGGCGAACCAGCUUCCUCUUCCUCGUCGGGACACCCGUACAACCGCACUUUCUCGCCUCACUUUCAUGCCUUUGUCGAGCUGUGUCUUCAGCGAGAUCCAGAGAAAAGACCUUCUGCCUCUGCUCUCAUAGGUCAUCCCUUCUUCAAACAGAUUAAGCGCCGUCCCUCCGAGGCGCUGCCCGAACUCCUUAGGCCCGCGUCACCAAUCGGCUGCAGCGAGGGAUCCCAUCAACUGCCUUCGCCCUCCGGACUUGCCAGUCUGGAGUCAAGCCUCAGCCACUUAGACGUCGAUGACUGGGACUUCUGAUGCUGGCACAGAGACGAGCUGAGUCAAAGUGUAAAUAAAUUGACAUUACUCUUCCCAGAGGUGUUGAGCCGGUCGCAGUCUCGUCUUAAAAUGGCGUCUUCGUCCUCUCAGGCUUUGUACGGAAGAUGCUCUACCUCUCACUCAUCACACACUCGUGUUUGCAUGUUUCCUAACUUGACCAGUUGCAUGAAUGUUAUGAAAUUUGACAAUAAAAGAACUUGCUAAAAAAUACAACUUUAUU